AGACAAGUAAGAAAGAAAACAAUGAGAUGGAAGCUAAGGUGGCAGCCAACUUAUCAUGUCUCAUUGUUUGUUGGCCGUCCAAAGAAAGCAUUUGUGAGUUGGGACAAGCACAUGACUGAUGACACCAAUGAAAGAAAUUAUGGGUCCCAGUAGUGAAUUGUUCGGUUAACCGGCCCUUCCCCAACCCUAACCUUUUUUUUUUUUUGUCUUAAAGACCGACUAUUGUAGUAGUCGUGGAAAAAAAUUGCAUCUUUCUGUUGCAUUAAUUAAAAAUUUCAAUUAUUAUGGCUUGUAACUUUGUUUCCUAAUCAGUCACUAGACUCUAAGCCAUUAUUCAGUUACUCUCCAGCCUCCUUCAGGGAUUAAUCAAUGGAAGCCAUGAACGGUAGGCUCUCUUUCUCCAUGCAUGAGAGUCUCAACCAUGAUUUUGCCAUUCGAAGGUUUUGCCCAGCAAGAAUGGAGCAAGAGCAAGGAGUUGAGUUGGAGGAGACAAUAAUAAUGAAUGAUUUUGAACUCCUCUCUUCUUGUGAUGAUACCAUUAGUAAUCCCCACUUAGCUGCUUCUGAGGUAGAUGAAUUGGUCGAUAGCUUCAUUAAUGUUGACCAAUUGCAAGACAUAGAUAAUGAUAAUCACCAAUCUCCAAAGAAAUUCCAAGAUGAGAUAAUGGAUGCAUUUCCUAUGGUAGAAGGAGGAGAUGAGUUGGAAAUGAGAAGUGGCUCUUAUAUAUAUGAAGAAAUGGUUGGAGUUCCAAGUGUGGAAGAGGAGAGUCAUGGUGUAGAUCAAGGGCUUCAUUUGGUGCAUUUGUUGCUUGCAUGUGCUGAGGCUGUUGGUUGUAGAGACACCCAACUGGCUAAUUCAAUUCUUUCACAAAUUUGGACUUCAGUUAACUCCUGGGGUGAUUCUUUACAAAGAGUUUCUUAUUGCUUUGCUCUGGGUUUGAAGUCUAGGUUGUCACUUCUUGUUCAUAAUGUCGAUGCCAUGGAUGUGACAAUGGUCACUAGGAAGGAGAAAAUGGAAGCUUUUCAACUUCUUUACCAAACAACUCCUUACAUUGCUUUUGGUUUCAUGGCUGCAAAUGAAGCUAUUUGUCAAGCUGCAAAAGAGAAGGACUCGUUGCAUGUGAUUGAUCUAGGAAUGGAUAGUACCCUUCAAUGGCCUUCUUUUAUCAGAACUCUGGCAUCAAGGCCUGAGGGUCCACCCACAGUUCGAAUUACAGGAUUAAUAAAUAAUGAUCAGAAUUUAUUAGAGCUUGAAGCUAGCAUGAAAGCACUUGUAGAGGAUGCUAGUUCGUUUGGCAUUUCUUUGGAAUUUGAUAUUUUAUCAGAGCCAGUUAGCCCAGCUGUUUUAACCAGAGAGAAUCUAAACUUGAGAGAAGGGGAGACAUUAUUUGUUAAUAGCGUUAUGCACUUGCACAAGUUUGUGAAAGAGAGUAGAGGCUCCCUCAAGGCGAUUCUUCAAGCAAUCAAGAAACUAAGUCCAACUUUACUCACAGUAGUGGAACAAGAUGCAAACCAUAAUGGUCCAUUUUUUCUUGGGAGAUUUCUUGAAUCUCUCCACUACUAUUCAGCAAUUUUUGAUUCCCUGGAGGCUAGUCUUCCAAGAACUAACCAGCAAAGGAUGAAGAUAGAGAAGCAUCACUUUGCCGAAGAGGUUCGCAAUAUUGUAGCUUACGAAGGUGCUGACAGGGUAGAGAGGCAUGAAAGGGCAGAUCAAUGGAGAAGACAAUUAGGCAGAGCAGGAUUUCAAGCAGUGGAAUUGAAGUGCCUGAGCCAAGCUAGAAUGAUGCUCUCUGUUUAUGGGGUUGAUGGUUAUACUCUAGGCAGUGAGAAGGGUUGUCUACUUCUGGGAUGGAAAGGAAGGCCCAUAGUGUUGGCAUCUGCAUGGCAGCUACACAAUGUUCCUCCUCCUUCCUAAUGCUCGGAUUUAUCGUUCCCAUAAUGGUUUAGUCUUUGGUAUGAUCAUUGGUUCUUGUAUUACUAGAAAAUAAUAAAGUGGUAUCUUGUGAUAAAUGAGGAUCCCAAUGUUCUCUAGGAAUCUUUUUAAGAAAUUCUCUUCCUAGGGUUCCAAA